GAAGAUGAGAGCGAGCGGGGCUGAACUGCAGCCAGAGGAAAAGGGGAAGGGCCUGACCAGCGAGCCAAAACAGCUGCCCCGUUCUCCCCCUGUGGAGACGCAGAGAGGAGGCUCAGGCAGAGAGGAGCAGGAUCGUCCCGGAGGCAUGUGAGGGUCUGGGAGCAGGGAAGGGGGGCACUGGCAAGGGGUGCUGAGUGAGGAUAGCCAGGAGAAGAGGAAAAGGGAGACGCAGGGGAGGGUCGGUCAUCUGGGGAAAGCUUUCCAAGCAGGAAGAGUUGGGAAAUGUUGCAGGAAGAGGUGGUGGGAUGCAAAACGUGACGGAGCGGACAAGGACAGAGGAAAGUGAAGAGACGGCACUGGAAUUAUGGGGUGUUUUCACAGCAGGAUGAGGAGGAAAGGAGCUGAAAUUGGAGGCUUGAAGGCAGAGCCGGAAGAACAUCCUGAAAUCCUGCAGCUCACAGAGCUCGCUCAGUCAGGAAGUCACACCUUCACGUCGAGGACCUUCAAGAAGAGACGGCUGUGCGAUGUGUGUCAGCAGAACAUCGACGACCCCGGGGCUUUCUGCAAGGAGUGCAAGAUCGCAGUUCACAAGGUGUGUGAAGGCAAGGUGACCAUCACCUGCUCUCCAGUGCCAGAUCUGCACGGAUCUACAAAAUCAGCAUCUCAGAAGAAGAGAGGCUCUCUACCCAGAAGUAAAAGCGUAGAACAAGUGAUGGAGCAUGUGAUGGAGGGCCACUAUGACUUUGACCUCACCUACAUCACGGAGAGGAUCAUAUCCGUCUUCUUCCUGCCAGACCUGGAGGAGCAGCGGUACCAGAGGAACCUGAAGGAAGUGGCAUCAAUGCUUAAAUCAAAGCACCAAGAAAACUUUUUGCUUCUAAAUCUAUCCGAGAGCAGGCAUGAUAUCACCAGACUCAACCCCAAGGUGCAGGACCACGGCUGGCCUGAUCUUCACGCCCCCCCACUUGAAAGAAUUUGUGCCAUUUGUAAAGCCAUGGAGACCUGGUUGACCUCCGACCCCCAAAAUGUUGUGGUGCUUCACUGCAAAGGACACAGAGGAAAGACGGGGGUCAUUGUGGCAGCAUACAUGCACUACAGCAAGAUAUCAGCUGGAGCUGACCAGGCUCUCACCACAUUGGCCAUGAGGAAGUUCUGUGAGGACAAAGUCUCAUCUUCUUUGCAGCCUUCUCAGAACAGGUACAUCUACUACUUCAGUGGACUGUUAUCCGGUACGAUCAAGAUGAACAGCAGUCCUCUGUUCCUGCAUCAGAUCCUCGUUCCAUCACUGCCAAACUUUCAGACAGGAGGAGGAUUUUAUCCCUUCCUGAAAAUCUACCAGUCUCUGAAGCUGGUCUACACCUCGGGCGUAUAUGAUCCCCAGAGUUCCAGAGCAAGAAAGGUUUGUGUGACCAUGGAGCCAGCACUUCUUCUAAAAGGGGACAUCAUGGUGAAGUGCUACCAUCGGAGGAGCAGAGCGGCAGAAAGGGAGGUGGUGUUUAGAGUCCAGUUCCACACCUGCACGGUUCAUGGAGCCCAGCUGUGGUUUGGAAAGACUGAGCUAGACCAGGCCUCCACAGAUGACAGAUUCCCUCCAGAUGCUUCAGUGGAGUUCAUCUUUUCUAGUGGCCCAGAAAAAAUCAAAGGUCGAGAAUCCAACAAGAAUGACUCCUCCAUCAAGGUAGACUACAACAUCUCAGACCAUGUGGUUAGAUGGGAUUCCUACGAGAACUUCAAUCUCCAUCGAGAAGACAGUCUUGAAAACAUAUCUCACACAAGAGGUCCUUUAGAUGGAAGCUUGUAUGCUCAAGUGAGGAAGCGACGUGGGCCAGGCACAACUGGUACGGUUGCCUCACUGAAUGGAUGCCUGACCAGCAGCCCAACUGUCAAAUCCCAGCCUGCCACAUCCCCCCAGUCUCCCACUUACACAAGUAGCUCCAGAGAAUCCUCAGUACCAUCAGUCCAACCUGAUCGUCCACUGGAGUUGUCCCCAUUGAAGACAAACGCAGCAAGAGAAAAUACUGAAUGUCCUGUUAGAGAGGGACACACGGGAGACAGAGCAAUGGAGAAAACGAGAGAAAAAGAAAGUGACAGAGAAACAGCGAUUCUAGAUGAUGGGGACCUGUCAAGUCCUGAGGGUGUAAAACGAGAGCAGUCAUGUCAGUCGGGUACAAAGUGUAGAGAUUCAGGAUGGGAGCGAGAGAGAGAGCCUUGUUUUACUAGCAGUCAGUAUCUGGGAUGUUGCAACAGCACUAGGAGACAUCAGAAAAGCCAAACUCUUCCAGCUUUACCAUCUAAAUCUGUAUCCCAUCCUCCUCUUACAACUCAUGUGGAAUUUUGCCAUCGCCACAGUACCCAUCCUUUACCUGAGUUACCCUGGGAAUGUCCACCGGCAGCACCGUCUCUGCCCUGCCUCCACAGACCAUGUUACUCCCAUCCAACUGCUGAACAUGCUCCUGUACACAGCCAAAGCCUGCCAGUUUCAAACAGAUUGUGCACUGGAGAUGAGUGCCACCUCUUUCAUUACUCCAGCCACAACCCAAGCUCUCACCUGUCCCACCUCCCACCACAACCUUUAAGUCCUUACAGAGAAUUAAUUUUCAGCUCUCCGACAUCACCCCCUUGUUGUCCUUGUCAAGAUUGUUACAACAGGCGAGAGCACCAGUCCAGCUUUAUGAAAGCAUUCCACUCUGUGCAUCAAGACCAGUCAGAGAACUCGCACUGGUCUCAAGGAGCUGGGGUACAGCGGACAAGAGAGGCACCCAUACUUUGGGAAAGCGAGAAUCCAUGGGAGCUGGCAAGAGGAGCAGGGGUCUGGCAAUGCAAAUCUCCAGUGCCUGUAUUUCGGCACUGCUUUCCCACUUUGGACCAGGUUUCAAACCUUGAACAACCGAGAUUUGCCAUCAUGCCACAGCGGGUCUGCCCCGUCCCUCAGCCUCUAAUGGAUGUGCACGAUGGAGCAAGCAGUGGGUACCACACUCCUCUGCAGCCCCGUCAUUCCUGCCCAUGCUCCCCACAUGAGCCAUCCCCAUCUGAGAGUCACGAGAGCCAUGGGUGUGCCUCAGGUUACCACUCUGGAUCAGCCUCUCCUCUACCUGCAAAAAGCCCUUCUCCUGGUAAAGGAAGGCCGCCAGAUACCACGUUGGGAGCCCAAGACCAAGGGCAAGCUGACAAUCACAAAGUGCAAAACACUAAAGCAGCAGAUGAUACAUCUCAGGGAUCAGAGAGUAAAUGGGAGGCUCAUGAUCAGUCAAGCACUUCUGGACUAGACUCUGAUCAUGACUACACACUUAUUGGUAGCAGCAGCCCAACCCACACCGAGGACAGUAUAACUACUGAUACCCAUUUUCAAAACAAGGAAAGUGCCAUAGAAAACUCCAAUACAAACACCAAACCAACAGUACCAGCGGAGACACAAACUCAAAUUUCAAUCAUAUCUACAAACCCCAUACACCCAUCAGGUGAGUCUUGUCAGAGUCCUGAUGACAAGGCUGAAGCAGCUGAGCUCACUGGAAGAACCAAAGAGUGUAGUCCAUCACACACUUCGGGCACUGCUACUAUCAUUGUCUCUCCUGUCCAAGUGCAGCUUAAUGGGUCCGCCCUUCCUGGGGAUACCUUAUCUAACAGCAGCAGCAAUUUAUCUGCAAACCUCUCUACAAGUCUAAGUUCUAGCACUUCCACCACCUCCCCAAAUUCUCCUCUUGGCUCACCAGACCAGUUUUCUCCUCAGUGCCCGACAUGUGCUGCAGACACUACAGAACAAAGACUGACUCCCGACAGAGACAGCUCAGCCAACACCAAACCUCCAUCACCUGUGCCAGAUGGAUACCAGACACCCACUUUCCCAGUAGCAUCCUACUAUUACUCGUUACUAAAUGUCCCCCAUGUCCCAUAUACUGGCUACACCGCUGUAACAAUUCCCGCCUUCCAGCCUCCACUGCCAGAAAAGAAGCGCUUGUCCUCGACAUCAUCAUCCCAGAAUGGGCACAGUCCUUCGUUCUGUGGCUCCUCUGCUUCUUCACCAACACAUCAUGUCACUUUCUCCCCAACUGUGGGAGAGCAAAGAAGAAGUUCUGGACAGCCCAGCUGCAGGGAGGGGGCAGACAUCCGAGUGAAUUCCAAGUUUGUCCAGGACAGCUCCAAGUACUGGUACAAACCAGGAAUCUCCAGAGAUCAAGCUAUAGCUGUGCUGAAAGACAAGGAGCCGGGAACUUUCCUCAUUAGAGACAGCAACUCUUUCCAGGGGGCCUACGGCCUUGCCCUCAAGGUGGCUACCCCGCCUCCCAAUGCCAACAUCACAGGGAACAAAGGGGAUGCUCUUGAACAGCUGGUGAGGCAUUUUCUCAUUGAGUCUGGGCCGCGAGGAGUGAAAAUCAAAGGCUGUCAGAAUGAGUCCUGUUUUGGGAGCUUAUCUGCUUUGGUGUACCAACAUUCAAUAACUCCCAUCUCUCUACCAUGUGCCCUCCGCAUCCCAGAAAAGGAUCUGGUCGGGGAGCUUCAGGAGAUGCAGAGCACCACAAAUACCAGCACAGCUGCUGAUCUUCUCAAGCAAGGAGCCGCUUGCAGCGUGCUGUACCUUAACUCUGUGGAAACAGAGUCAUUAACUGGACCAGAAGCGGUAUCCAAGGCAACCAAGUGCACUCUGGCUUUGAAUCCACGGCCAGCAGCAACAGUGGUCCAUUUCAAAGUGUCUUCCCAGGGCAUCACACUUACCGACAGCAAAAGAAGGCUAUUUUUUAGGCGACACUACCCAAUCAACAGUGUUACCUUCAGCAGUCUCGACCCUCGUGAUCGGAGGUGGACUAAUUCUGAUAGCACAUCGAGCAAGAUGUUUGGCUUUGUGGCGAGACGAGCUGGGACGACCACAGAGAACGUUUGUCAUCUAUUUGCUGAGAUGGACCCCGAACAGCCAGCUGUGGCGAUCGUCAAUUUUAUCAACAAAGUCAUGCUGGGACCCCAGCUACAAAGAUGAGGAAGGACAUUAUUCAACCGUGGACUAACUUUUUAAAACUUUCUCAUGAGUGGAUGCAAUUUUUUGCCUUUAUAGUGGCAUUUGUGUGCUCUUCAAUCACUUUUAUAUAAUAAUAGAGUUUUGACAAAUCAGUUUAGAGAGCAAGAAAAGUUAUAAAGUCAGACUACACAGGGCCAAGUCUCACCUUAUUUGUUAUUUAUUUGAAAAAUUGCAUUCAAAAGUCCAUAUAUCUUUAAAGAGAUUAAGCUAAAAUGGUCAAAACAUGGAGGUAGAGAAUGUGGACAAUGUUUUAAGGAGGUAAAAAUUUAUAUUUAGUAUCAUGUUGGAUAUAAGAAAGAGAAUAUAAGUGGCACAACGACAGACAAGAAGGUUCUCCAAUGGAAACGUGUUUGUAGCUGCAUAUAAAUCAAUAGAACAGGGUUGCAUUGAAGUUUUGUUCAAAACAUGAUGGUAUUUAAAGUGUUGCUUUAAAAUAUAUGUAUUAUUGACAAAUAUUUGGAGCGGCUGGGUCAAACAGAUCCAAUCAAACAGAAAUUAACCAUAAAAUUGAUGUCACACAUAUUUAAUGAAAGAUAUUGGGGAUUAUUUAAGCAAAAACUGUUUUAUAUUAGAAAGGGAAAAAUAUUAAGCCUUUUAAAACUACUCACUUUCUAAAUUACUGAAUUUGUUUAAGUUUAGUGAAAGCCUUCAUAGUUUUUAAGCAAACUAUGGGAGCCAUCCAAAAUAAAUGUAUAUAGAACUGUCACUUUUAUGUCACAUCUCUUCAAAAACACAUUUUAUGACACGAUGUAAAUGGAUAUAAGAAUUAAAUAAGGAAAUAUCAAGUAUUCUUGACUUACAUUUAUGCUAUUAUUAAUAAAAAAUGUCAAAUCAAUCUUUUGUACUGCAAAUGAGUUGAACUGUUUGGAUUUUGGGGGUUGGGGUGCCUUAACAAGCCAAAGACGUGUUGUGUUCUUACUAAUGUUUUUAUUUGAAAGUACACCUUUCUGUUUGGUAAAAUGUCAUUUUCAGUGUGAGUUUGAUAUAAACAGAGACAAUAUUUUUAUGAUUGUAUAACGUGCAUUCUUUUUCAUACACAUUUUAUGUAAAAGGAGUAAUAUAUUUAUGGUCUUUGAGAUGUUUAAAAUAAAACUGUAUGGCAUGUUUGACAAAACAUAUUCACCCAAUAAAUCUUUUUUCAUUAU